GUUUUACGAGUCGAGGAAAUAUUUCGAAAAAAUCCUAUUUCCUAUUUUUGUGUCUAGCGAGAAAAGACAGCGAUCCAGUUAAAGGAACAAAAUGUGCAACUAUCCGUGCUAUCCCUCUGCCGCCCUGUGCCAAUGCGGUGGCUGUGGUCCCAGCGGCUUCUACGAUCCCUGCUUUGGAUCCUACAAUGGUCCCUUCAACUCCUGCUGUGGCCCCAGCGGUCCUCAAUUCUGGGGAGGGUUUACGUUUUAGACCCUGAUCUUAGACGGGAGCUGGGAUAAUGGAGGACUGCCUUGGCUCGCUAACAGAAGAAAAUCAGGAAAAGGAUUGGUUGUUCUGCCAACAGCUGGUUCAACUUUCAACACGACUCGAAAACAUCUGAAAAGUGUCUUUGUACAAAUGCACAUAUACAUACAUAAUAAUAAAAUAUAUGUAAAUCUAUCUACUGCAA